ACAUUGACAUUUGACACUGAUGACUGACAGUUGUUUUUGAGGUUAAUUGUGGAUAUUAUUUGUUAUUUUACGCAAAAAAAUAUUUACACCUAAGCAUUGCGUACAAUAAGUAGAGAAAAAUAAUAAAAUGGUGUGUGAAAAAUGUGAAAAAAAGCUUGGUCGAGUAAUAACUCCCGAUCCGUGGAAGACGGGAGCUAGGAACACUGUCGAGUCUGGGGGCAGGAAAGUUGGUGAAAAUAAAGCUCUCACGGCUAAGAAGGGCCGGUAUAAUCCUUACACAUCGAAGUUCCAGGAGUGCAAGAUCUGCCGUACAAAAGUCCAUCAAGUAGGCUCCCACUACUGCCAAGCGUGUGCAUACAAGAAAGGCAUCUGUGCUAUGUGCGGCAAGAAGAUAUUAGACACUGCAAACUACAGGCAGAGUUCUACAUAGUUCAUACAAAACUAGUAAAUACAAUAAUUCAGAACCCACAGAUGAAUCCACUGACUCAUCAAAUGAAGCCAUUCCGAAUAACAUAUUUGCGGAUGACGACAAAUCCCAAGAAUUCGAUUCAGAUGAUGACACUAACGAACUAGAUUUAAAAGUAGACGAUUUGAAUCUAGACAAUCAAAUGUUAAGGAAACCAUGGCGAAGUUCCUGUGAUAGGAAAGCAGCCAGAACCUGUACAAAUGCGUGUAACAAUGCGUACAAAAUCGUAUGCAGCUCCUACAAAUGUACUAAAAGGAUGAAAAGGGAAUUUAGGAAAGAAUGCAAAAGAAAUUGUAGAGCCAAGUUUGUGGGCUCGGUCUCCAGUGAAUCUGAAUAAAUGUUGAAUUGGCAA